GUUAUGGAUAAUACCUAUAUACUCACUGUCAUGGCAGAGCUGGGACAUGCUAGCUGUGUGUGAUAUUGGCUGGUUGGUGUGUACUAGGUGGAUGUAACACACAGCAGUGGCAGGUGUCAGGACAUGGAUGCCAGAGGGGGUAGGAUGCCCCAGCAGCAGGAAGGGGAUGAAGAUGGAGGAGGCUGGGACAGUCAGUCAGUAGACACCCGCUCAUCAUCUUACACUGACUGCAGCAGCUGCUCCAGUGAUCUAGAACCUGAAUGGUUGGACAGUAUACAAAAAGAUGGUGAACUUUUCUACCUCGAAUUAAGUGAAGAAGAGGAAAAAACCCUCCUGCCUCCCCCUUCUUUGGAGCCACCUGCUGGAAACCAUGUUCGAUUUUGUGAAAAUGAGGCUGAGAUCAUUUCAGAGGAUGUCAGGAAUAAGAAGAGAACUGAGACACAUUUUAAAAAACUUGCAAAAAUACUGAGGAAAAACCAUGGCAAAAAAGGAGCAACUAGGUAUAAUGGCCAGACAGGACCAACAUCCAUUCUUAAACACAAUUCCAACCACAAAACAAGCCUAGUGGUGCAUCAUCAGUACAAAGACCUAUGCUUAUAUGUAAAUCCUAACAAUUUAGUUGAAAGUGGGUCUGUGGAUAAAUUAAACCUGCUUCAGGAACUUAUUGGUAUUAUUCAUCAGUCCUCAAAGAGCAGUAAAAGAAUCGAAAAACAAAGUGAGCAAGAUUCAACCCGUAGGUUAACCAACAAUGAGAAACUUGUAGUACACGGGUUUCUUCCAAGCAGUCCAGCAAUCAAAAGUGGCCAGAUUCUCAUUGGAGAUGCUUUAGUUGCAGUUAACGAUGUGGAAGUUAACACUGAAAACAUCGAGAGGGUUUUAUCAUGCAUCCCUGGCCCAAUGCAGGUAAAACUAACAUUUGAAACACUUGUCAUUGAUGCAAAAGUACCCCAUCAAAACACAAAUGCACAGGCUCCAAUGAGCAGUCUGGCAAAGCUUGUAUGGGGAGAGGAGUAUGGAAACCACCAGGAACUUCUUAAUGGGAUGCCUCAUAUUGCUAUGUACCUUACACUGUGCUUAGAUUCUGAGUCCUCAAAAGAAGAGCAAGAAAUCCUCUACCAGUAUCCUGUGUCUGAAGCCUCCUACAAGUUGAAAAGUAUACGGGGAUUAUUUCUAACGCUCAGUGACAUGUUGCAUAACGUAACUGGAGCACGCAUUGUAAGUUCCUCUCUUAUUUUGGAUGAUCAAUUAGUCCAUGUUUCGUACUGGAAAGAGUCUGAUAAGUUAUUUCUCAUUAGCUUUCCAGCAGAGAGGAUUCCUCUCUUAUAUUUGAAGAACAUGACGGCUGAUCUUGUGAGAACUUUAAAGGUCAUGUUUUGCAGCUUGGAUAGGGCCUUUUGUGAAGCAGAAAAUACAUCUCGCCUUGACCAUUUCUUCAGCCUUUGUUUCCAGCGGGCAGCAAGACUGUCAAUGUUAAGGUCAAACCCAGGUUACGAUGUUUCAUCCUAUGAUGCUAGCAGCUCACUUGCUGUGGAUAACCUGCCAGGAAUAAGAUGGCUGUCCUUACCGGAGGACAUUAAGAUGGAGAUUGACACAGUACUCAGUGAUUUUGAAGCACUGGAUUUUGCAGAGCUGUCAGAAGACUAUUAUGACAUGAGACGACUCUACAUGAUCCUGGGAACGUGCCUUUUCUACAAGGGUUAUCUUCUCUCUAAUCACUUACCUAAAGAUGAUCUGUUGGACAUUGCCCUGUAUUGUCGGCAUUAUGGUCUACUACCCAUGGCAUCAGAGAGGAUAGGUCAGCUUGUGGUGUGGAGAGAGGUCUACCCAAUCUUUCAUCUCGGGCGCUGUUCAUCUCCUACAUUGGAAGAAUACAGUGAGCCAGAAGCCAGAUACUUCCUGCUUAUUGUUGGCUUGAAACAGUUCAUGAUGUGUACCAUCCUAGAAGCUGGCGGUUGUACAUCUAAGGCCAUUGGAAAUCCUGGCCCUGAUUACAUAUAUGUGGAUCAAGCAAAGGCAACACUUCUUCAACUGGAAACAUUAGAUGUUAACAUAGAGGAUAGACUAAACACUGCUCCCAGCCCAUGUUUAUCUUCUGCUGACUUGUUUCUGCCAUCCUCACGGGACAAGUUCCACAGCUUCACUAAUUCUGGAGUACUAAAUAAAAUGCAGACUACCCCUAAGAAAGCCACCUCUCCUAUGACUAAGAAAGGGUUAUUUUACGAGACUGCCUCAUCUCUAAGGACUCGUAGGCCAAGCCCUACUCGUAGCAGUGGUGGAUCUGAUAAUGGGAGUGAAGGUGCAGUGGACAAUGCAAGAAGUGUGACCCAGUCUACACCCGACAGAAAAUUUGGGCGACGAGAGUCUCAAGGGUCAGGUGGUUCUGAAGAAAGUGGUGGAAGUGGGAAUUUGUUCAAGAUAAACAAGAAGAGAUACUCCCUUCCCAACCCAUUUAAUCUUGGUAACCUACGAAGGAAUCUUUCUGAGAGAGAAGCGGAAGACCUUUACAACACAGUCAAGUUAACCUCUGGUCCUGAAAACACACUUUUCCAUUACAUCUACCUGGAGACUUUAUAUGGAAUCUUCAUAUCUCCUACACACAGAGAAGUGGAACAGCUUGCAGGCUCAAUACAUCCUCAGCUCAUCAAAAACUUCCAUCGCUGCUGUCUGUCUAUACGCUCUGUGUUUCAGCAAUCUCUUGAGAAAAAGCAAAAUAGUGGUUCUGAUUCCAAGGUCUGUGCAGAAUUUGUGGGACUAGGUCUAAUUAAAGAACACGGGGUCUUAUUUGAAUGUUGUCCUGAGAACUGGACAGACCAGAAGAAAUCGCCACCAACAAUGUCGUAUUGGGUUAUAGGAAGACUUUUCCUGCAUCCUCAGCCCCAGGAGCUCUAUGUCUGUUUCCAUGACUCUGUUACAGAAGUUGCUGUUGAGAUGGCUUUUAAACUGUCCUUUGGGAUGCCUCUUUAAUGUCUCCUGUCUGAUUUCCACCAUAUUCUACUUCAGUAGAACUUUGCCUUAUACCUGCACUCGUGAGAAAUUA